AUGCCUGAUGAGUUCCUUGCCAAGAACCCACCCCCACUCUGGCUCACUCUCUACCACCUAGUCACCCGCCUCCCUGACACUCUGCGCUCAGUCAGGGACCACUUCCUAGCUCGCUGCCCCACUGAGCUCACCAUUGCCCUCCUCGAGAAGGAACUCCUUGCAGCUGAGGCUAGCAUAGUCGCUGUAGGUGCCUCUCGUGGCGACCCCCGUACCCCGUUCUUUGAGGGGUGUUCUCCUUCCCCCCUUCUUCCCUCUGUCGCCUCUGCUGCUGCUGUCGACCUCCUUGGUGCUGAGAAGGUCGGGACUGCGUCUGCUUCGAAGGGCGCCGCAGCGGCAAGGGCAAAGGGGGCAAGGGCGGUGGCGGUGACAGCGGGGGAGGCGGUGGUGGGGGCGGUGGCGGCGGUGGGGGUGGUGGCGCGACUGGAGGGGCUAGUGGCAGCGGUGGGAGUGGUGGCAGCAGCGGCGGGGGAGGUGGCAGGGGCGGAGGCGGUGGUGGGGGUGGCGGUGGACGCGGCGGCGGCAGGGGUUGGGGUGGUCGAGGAGGUGGCGGCGGCGGUGGUGGUCGUGGAGGCGCUGGCGGUGGCCAGAGCCAGCAGCACACUCCGUCGCCCCAGGAGGUCCCCGUGUGGGGGACCGCACGCCACACAGCGCUGCUUCGCUCGUCUCAACGACGCUUGGCGUGUUCAGUUCCCUCAGGCCACUGAGCUGCCCCGCUGGGUUGAUCUCCUGAAGAAGGGGAUUGAUAUCUAUGCUCUAGACUUUGAUGCUAUUCUCACUGCUAUGUAUGUGAUGUCUACUAGUGGAGAGGGUGCUGAGUACCUGUGUGUGCUGCCCGACCCAGGCAUUAGGACUAGUGCGUCUGCCGCUCCAGGUACUCGCGUGUCUGCUACCCGAGGUGCUGGUGAGGCAGCUGCUCUAGGUGCUUGUGCGUAUGCCCCCCCUGGUACUGAGUCGACCGCAGCACUGCACACCUUCACACUGGACUCAGGUGCUCCUCGCUGCUUCUUUCGUGACCGCACUGCCCUUGAGCCGCUUGCUCGGCCAGUUGCUGUCUCCCUCGCUGACCCCUCUGGGGGUCCGGUCAUUGCGACCUCCUCCACUGUCCUUCCCUGUCCUGUGGUCCCGUCGGGCACACUGUCAGGUCAGCUGUCUGCCCCCUGCUCGUGUCGCUCUCUGGCGCACGAGACUGUCCUCUGGCACCACCGACUUGGCCACCCGUCUGUGCAGCGCCUUCGUGCCAUGCACUCCCGGUACCUUGUCUCCGGUCUUCCCAGAGUCCUCCCUCCCCUCCCACCCUCGCCUGCUCCUCCCUGUCUUCCCUGCGUCGAGGGGCGGCAGCGCGCCGCUUCUCACUCCUCCUCGUUUCCCCCGACGACUGCUCCCUUGCAGACGCUCCACAUGGACGUGUGGGGCCCAGCCCGCGUCCGUGGUCAGGGUCAGGAGAGGUACUUCCUGAUAGUUGUUGACGACUACUCGCGCUACACCACGGUCUUCCCCUUGCGCACCAAGGGUGAGGUCCCUGAUGUCUUGAUCCCUUGGAUCCGCAGAGCCCGUCUCCAGCUCAGCGAGCGUUUCCACUCGGACUUUCCUGUCCUGCGCUUGCACUCUGACAGAGGUGGUGAGUUCUCCUCCGACCUCUUGGAAGCCUACUGUGCUGAGCACGACAUUGAGCAGUCGUUCACGCUUCCGGCCUCUCCACAUCAGAAUGGGAUUGCAGAGCGCCGCAUUGGCCUGGUCAUGGAGGUCGCCCGUACCUCCUUGAUCCAUGCGGCUGCCCCCCACUUUCUGUGGCCGUUUGCGGUACGGUACGCUGCGCAUCAUCUCAACCUCUGGCCCCGUGUCUCCUUGCCGGAGACCUCGCCCACACUGCUGUGGACGGGGGAGGUUGGCGAUGCGUCGCGUUUCCGGGUCUGGGGAUCUCGAGCUUUUGUCCGCGAUACGUCUGCGGACAAGCUCUCCUCCCGUGCUGUUCCCUGCGUCUUCCUCGGCUUUGUCCCGGACGCGCCUGGUUGGCAGUUUUACCAUGCCACCUCGCGUCGAGUCUUGCCCUCUCAGGACGUCACUUUUGACGAGUCCGUCCCCUACUACCGCCUCUUCCCCUACCGCACUGCCCCGCUCCCCCCCCCGCCUCUCUUCCUCGCGCUAGGUGCUGCUGUCGUAGACCCCCUCCCCCCUCAGGGUGCCGCUCCCUCAGGUGUGUCUCAGGUAGACCCGGUUGAGCCUGUUGAGGUAGCUGUCGACUCUUGUCCUGCUGUGGGUGCGGAGCCUGGGGGUGCGGAGCCUGGGGGUGCGGAGCCUGGGGGUGCAGAGCCUGGGGGUGCGGAGCCUGGGGGUGCGGAGCCUGGGGGUGCGGAGCCUGGGGGUGCGGAGCCUGGGGGUGCGGAGCCUGGGGGUGCUGAGCCUUGGGCUGCGUGA